CAUUCAUUGAUUUUUGGUUUGGCGGCGUGGAAAAUGGCUCGUCAAGAGAUACGCAUAAGUUUGCCUGGAAUGACAAAAGUACCGUUAAUAGAUAGAAAAGAAGAUAUUUGCUCUAUUCUUCGAACUUAUUUCCACCAGUUUUCUCCAGUUGGGAAAGACUUUAACAUACGCCCUUCAGCUUCCUUUUCUCCACAUAUUUUUGGAGCUGGCAAAAGCUUUGUAGGUCACAAUUUUUUAGAGUUUUUAAAAAAAUUCGCCGAAGAAGAAAAAGAGCAGAAGGAGACGGAGGUUUUCAACAAGAGCUCGUCGGGAAAAAUUGAUGCGAAGAUUUUUUCUUGGAAGCACUUUGCGGAAAACAUUUUGUUGGUUUGCUUUGAACUAGGAGAGAGUUUUUCUCGUGCUCCUUUUCCAAGGUUUCGAAAGGCUUUGAUGUAUAACAUAGCUAUGGCUACAGCCGAGUGUAAUGGUAUGACCGCCCGUGAAAUUGUAGAAUUCACGGACGCAGCGAUGAAGCAACCUCGUGUUUUUUUAUUUGUCCAGUAUCUUCUCGAACAAUUUCAGAAACAAUAUUUAUUUUUGAUGAUAGACGAACUUAGCCACCUGAGUUACCUCACCACAUACUAUAGUGAACUCGACGAGAAACAGUUUAUCGAGUCUGACCGAAAAUAUGUACCUUUUCGGAAGUUUUUCCGCGUUUUGCGUGAUUUGUUGAUUACAGGAAAGGUAAUCGUCUAUUUGGCAGGUCGAACCGAUGAAAUCUCAGCCCGCCGGACUGAUGCCCUCUCGAGUGGCUUGAGUCUCCAUAUGUUGCGGUUGAAUCCCUUUAACCUCAAUGAUAUUGGUGAAUAUCUUGAGGUGGCAGCUUAUGAUGGAAAGUCUUUGAAGGACUGGUUAUUGCCCUCAGAUGAUUUACGGUAUCGAUUCGUAGAAUUGUUGAAAAAGAAGACAGGAGGUAUGCCGUUGAUUGUGAGGAACACUUUAUUAACACUGAUAAGAAUGCAACACGAAGCCCAACCUGUUAUCAACGAUGACAAUAUGGAACCCUUAUUAGAUAGUGUCUUUGAAGAUAUACUAAAUGAGUCGGGAACGUUUAUUAUUCCAGAGAUACAAGAUUCCGCAACCCUUCUUCGAUAUCAAUUUGUCCUUUUGAAUUAUCAGCUCGGAACAGUUUUUCCAAUCGGAUUUGCAAUUACUCUAUGUGGAACGACAACUUAUUUGAUGGACUUGGUUGCAACUUUUGGGUUUUACUGUGAAUUUUGUGGAAUUGACGGGAUUGAUAUGGGCACCGAAUUCAAGAUUGGUUGUUGUGAAUUUAUAUUGCGAGCUCAUAGCAGCUAUAAAUUUUUCCGUGAGGCUAGUGAAUUCUUUCCUUUAUCUCCGUUUAGUUAUAUUUCCGACAUUGCAACAGCAAAAGGAGUCUUCUUUGAAUUUAUAUUUAUGAAGAUCUUUCGCUUUCGCUUAUUAACUUUUCUUCAUUCUAAUUCCUCGCCUAUUGUACAUUCUGCUAUUCCAGGAAUUUUCCAGGAUUCCUUUAUUGAACAGGACAAUAUUUCUUAUUCUAUGGAAUCAACAAAAUCUUAUGAUAUACCCAUCUUGAGAGAUGUCCCUGGUUCAUUUUCUGAUUAUUAUAGAAAUUAUUUACAAUGUUGUGGUAUUUUUGUUCCAAAGGAUGGUAAUUCGAGUGGCCCUGAUGCAUAUGUUGUAUUCCAUAAUGGACAAACACGUUAUGUUGUUGGAUUUUCAUUCAAAUUUUAUCACAAAACUGGAUUUUCGAAAAGCGAUAUUAAGGAGGAAUCAGAACAAUUUUUUAAGGGAGUUGUUUCCGUUUUGAAUUACGAAUCUCUUUCAUCUGUUCAACUUUGUUUUCAGUUUGUGGUGGUAGUUUGUACUAGUUAUGAUCGAUCUGUAGGUUUCUCUGUUGAAGAACAAAAUAUUGUUGAAGAUGUAAGUUAUUUGGUUACUAAACAUUCUUUGAGGUCAACUUUGAGUGAAAGUAGUCGAUCAUGUCUGCAACUGGUAAUUGUUUCCCAAAGGAACCUUGAACGAUUUUUGGGAAUAAAAAAUUACGAAAUUUUGAGGAAAAUUGGCGAGGCAAGCCGAGGAGAGUUCAUUAAAGACUUUUCAGUAUGGUGUAAAACUGUCUUUGAGUCGAUGUGCAGUGCAUAUGUUUCGUCUUUGGAAGCUGGGCAGUCAAAUGUUAUUUCAAGAGUAGCUCGAAAUGUAAGACAGAGAACAAGCAAGGAGAAUCGGAUGCAAAUGAAAAGUUUUCAAAGUGCUAUGCAAGUGGAAUAUAAGAGAGACGAGGUAACCACUUCUUCACUUAGUUCCGUGCAACAAAAUCCUUUUGAUUGGAUGAACUUUUUGAAACUAUAUUGUCAUUUAACUGAGGAGGAAGCUAGUAAAUGUUACGAAUGCCUUUGGACUUUUUCAGAGCGAGACAUUGGAUUCAUAAGUUUGGGUGUAUUACAGCAAGUGGGUAUCGAUGAGACUUUUUUGCAAGUCAAGGUUCUUGCUGGUUUGAGAAAUUAUGUGAAAAAUAAUCCUCAUACUUGAAAGUGUUCUAUUUUCCUUCUCAAAAAUAAAUAUUCAUAUCUUGUGUAUUCAGAGCAUUUCUAACGCACGUAUCGUUUGGUUGAAUCAAUUGAAGAAAACGUCAUUCAUUUACUGUAAUAUAAGAACAGUACUUAAA